AUGGUCCCGGCGGCAGCCACUGUGGGUAUAACAGUACUAGUGGGAGCUGUGGUUAGGAGGGCAGGGAUGAAAUUAUUCUCUCCGGCUAAGGUCAAUACGUUCCUAAAGAUCACGGGUCGUACUAAUCCUCCCAAUCCUAUGCAUACUAUGGUCUCACAGUUCCACACCAUAAGCCUUGGGGACUGGGUACACAUAUCCACUACUGAUGAUAGCAAGGACACGCUACGUUGUGACGAUCCCAGCGUGCCGACCGACGAGCGCAACCUCGUCCUGAGGGCUUUGGAUCUGUUCCGACGGAAAUCUGGUAUUGACCAACACUUUCAUGUGACACUCACCAAACGGUGCCCGAAUCAAGCCGGUCUGGGAGGCGGUAGCUCCAAUGGUGCCACGGUCUUAUGGGCGGCCAAUCGGCUCACACAUUUCGGGGCGACUGACGAUACCUUGGCGGAGUGGUCCCGGGAAUUAGGGAGCGAUCUUCCCUUUUUCCUGGCCAGCAGAGGAGCGGCUCUCUGUUGUGGUGUUGGAGAUGAGGUCCUCCCCAUGAGCCCCGAGGCGGUUGGUGGCAGCAAGGGCAUGGUGUUUGUGAAGCCCUCUUUCGGCCUUCCAACUCCGGCUGUGUAUAAGGAGUAUAUGAGUGGUGCCGGCCCAGCUCCGUUGCCACUCAAUGAUCUCACUCGUGGGGCUCUGAAGAUCAGACCAGAACUGGCACAGCUGGCCAGGGACAUGGAGGGCGUGAUGGGUCUAUCAGGCGUAUCCAUGUCCGGUAGCGGUAGCUGCUUGUUCGGCUACGGCGACCCGAGGAAUGUGGAUGAGUUCAAGGCGAAGUAUCCUGGUACGACGGUGUGGUCUGAUAUAGUUCCUGUUUUCCGAAAGAGUGAUGGAUGGUAUGGUGGUGGUGAUGCUUCCAGUUCUGUAUGA